AUGGAGGAACAGCCCAAAGAUCGGGCACAAGACAGGCAAUAUCAUCACCACGGAGAGGACAGAAACUCCACUCAACAUACUACUUGUCUAAAAAAUGAUCAGAGCCACUUCCAGCGCCAGCAUCAGGAAACGCAGACGAAGAAAACAGGUCGGGCCAUCCGGGAAAGUGAGCUAACGCCUGCUAGCCUUAGUCAGCUAAUGUCAACGAGCCGCCUAGCUUCAGCUAACCACUCUUAACUCUGCCGUUUUAGCCCAGAAAGCUUGUCAUUUUAUGAAACUGUAUGCUGCAGCUUUGAAUUAUUACUGACAUUAAAGCAGCUGGUGAGUAGUUAGCUGUUUUGAGCGGCAGGUUGCUGCUGUCGGAGCUGAAAACCAGCCAUGGAGCCAGCUAGCUGGUCGGCUAGCUGACGUUGCGUGACAGUUGUCGCGGGUGGUGCUUUGACAUAUCGGGGAUUGACCUUGUGCGCCGGUUUCACCACCCAUUUUUCUUUCCUAAAUCACUCCCUUGAACCUAGACGCUACAAUAUGUGUGGCUGCUUAAUUCGUGUUGGUGUGCGUGAGGUUUCUCCGUCGACAGCAGACAAAGCUUGAUUCAUUUGGGCACGCUCAGGUCUAGUUUAGGAAACCGAGCCGGCUCCACUGGAAUGUUCUGAGCUGCCAUUUCCUGUCGGCCAUGUUACAAUAUCCCUGCGAGCUAAUGCUACAUUUAUCAGGCUUGUAACGUUUUUUGGUGUAUAAACGACUCUUUGCCAAGCUGGUAGUCGUUGCCUGGCUUCCUCAAGCUUGCGGCGCGUUGCUUAGUUGGCUGUAUUAGGGCUCAGACAGCGAGUGCUUUCAUUCAGGGCGUGUUGGUGGCGGACGAGUUGACAUUAGCUGCCGCUAGCCUCCUCUGACAGGCCUGUUGCAUGUUGUCCAGUCAACGUGAAGCCACGCAGCGACUCGGGCAGAGCCACUUGUUAAAAAUAUGAUUGCUGCAACCGAUCGUACAUGUUUACCAUCGACCUUAUGUUUGCUGGAAGCUUGAUUAUCACGUUUAUCAGCACAUAAAUAUGAACGGGAAAGAUGGGAAAAGCAAGGCGGUGUGCAGAAGCCCCAGUGUGCUGAGCCCACAGACAUAAAGGGGCACCCCCCAUUUAAUGAGAAACCCACGUUUACCGUAGGGCUGCUCAAUUCUGACAAAAACCGUAAUCCUGGUUAUAAGGAUUCAAACUGAGACCACCAAUAUUAAAUAUGAUUACUCAUUGAUUUGACAUCACAUGCAAUCAUUGAACUAAAACACUCUUAACCCUUCUGAAUACUUUGUUAAACAAGUUGACAAAUGAAGAAUAGAUAAUGUAAGUAGAUGAAUAUAGAGUCAAAUGCCAACAGUGUCAUGAUUAGGGCUGGGCGAUAAAACGAUAACGAUAUAUAUCGAAAAUUAAUUUAUCUGAAAAACAAUAUGGUCAAUAUGCUUUUCAAGAGUCAGCAUUCUGCCAUGUUUUGGUAGACUAUACGAGUAGCCAAUGAAAUAGGGAGUUUCUUCGGGUCCACUUUGUGCUGAACCAAUCAUGCAAUGAGUUAUCACCAAGUAGCUAACAACUGCGUAGUAGCAGGCUGCCUGCUACACCUAACCAUAGCACUUUAACACGUGAAGCCUUAUGACAAAACAUCGAAGAGACACCAAGACCUCACAGAUGCUGUAGCUUAUUGUACUGCAAAAGACAUACUACCAAUAAGCACAGCUAAAUUUCAUUUUUUAUACCGUGAUAUAUAUAUCUGUAUCGACUGAUAUGAUAAAAAAAAUAUUGUGAUCAUUUUUUUCCCAUAUUGCCAAGCCCUAGUCAUGAUUAAGACUUGUGUGUUAUGAUUCGGAUCAGCGUCACUGGGAAGCUACAGCCAUUAGCUGGUUAAUGCUCACAGCCUCUCUUCAUGCUCCUUCCCUUCAUCACUCCUUCCCUCUGCUUAACUAACACACAGACACACCUGCUUACGAUAUCCUCUCACCCCCUCCCACCAAAGCUGCAUGAUAGAUUGUACUACUGUAGCACAACAUGUUGGUGAUACAGCAUUCUUGUCUGAACACAGUUUGUGGCAUCCUCAGUUUAUUUGUACCCCACCCCCCAAUUUGGUCACACAUUGAUCAACAUGGCAGGCCCUACAGUAAUUGUUUAAUAUCAAUCUAGUUUUUAUGAUUAUGGGAAGCCAAGAUCAUAGUUGAAAUGAAAAUUUGAUUGGUUGCCCAGCCUUCGUUGACACAGCAGCCCCCUUGCUUCUGUGCAAUGCAAGGGCCUAUUUGUGGUUCACUGGCAGUCCAAGUGAGUGUCAUUUAUGCUGCUGUGAGGUUUCCAUCAAUAGCUUGUAGCAACUGCUCUGACAUUGGACCAUACAUUCUCAAGAACAUACAGUAUUGAUUCAUAACUGAUUACACUCAGGGAGCAGUACAUUAAUCUUGCACUUUCACCCUUUCAGUUCAUGUCUCUCUUGAUACCAAUGAUAGCUGCGUCAGAGUUAACAAUAAGCACAGGCCAUGGAUUUUAGUUUAUUACGUGAUGUAUAGUUUUGGUUAAAAUUUAAACUCUUGUAGAAACCUGUGUGGCUAGAAAAGAUAACUUUGUCUCUGUAGAUGUCAGAAUUGUUUAGUUUAUUGUUAGUCAGAAAGUAUAUCUAGAUUUGUAAUUUGUUAUCAUACCUCCAGACAUUUUAAAUAUCAUUGUGAGGCAGACCUCAUUGGAAAUGUCUUUGCAUUACAAGUAGUUUUCUUCUGCAUUGUUGGAAAAGAGUUGUCAGUUCUAUCUGUAUCAUCUAAUUCUGUUUCCUCUUUUAGGCAAUAAAAAAGUAAACAUCAGUGAGGAGGAGGGGGACAAGAAUCCACAUCUGUCUGAUCUGUCUGUUGGUAUGUCCCAAACCCCCAACAGCAAUGGUAACAGACACACCAGUAAUCCAAAUGUGAAGCCGAAGUCAUCACAAAAACUGCACACGACUGUUCCAAAAGUGAGCAGCAAAGGACUGGACCAUAAGAAGAGUAUGGACCUUAAAAAUGACAAGGACAAGGCCUUGGAAUUGAAUCAUCAUGAGGGCCAACCCUUGGAUAAAAAAGACUCUGUGUUGCUUCAAAAUGGUGUUGUAAACUGUGGCUUAAUUACAAAUGGUUAUUCUAGCAAGGACAAUGAUGGCAGCGGCUCCGAAGGUGGAUACACUACUCCGAAGAAACGCAAGGCCAGAUGCAACAAUGCCAAGAACUCUGAUAAUGUGAUAAGAGAAAAGGAGAGAGACAUGCAGCAGGGCAGCACUACGCAGGAUCAUGGGGCUUUUAAUCUUGAGACAACCGAGAAGGGAGUGACUUCCAGACUUGAUGGCUUCAGAGCCACCAAUAAAGUAGAGGCUCAGUCUGCAGCACGGCGGGCUGCUGCCUCUGAGGCUUCAGUUGGUGAAUCUCAGAGGAAAAACUCUGAUGGCAAAACUGUUGGCACCUUUGGUAAAAAGACUGAGGACAGGCACAAAGCCAAGCUUUCCUCACCUUCAAAAGAGGACUCGUGGACUUUGUUCAAGCCCCCUCCAGUAUUUCCUGUGGACAAUAGCAGUGCUAAAAUUGUUCCCAAGAUCAGUUAUGCAAGUAAAGUAAAAGAAAACCUCAACAAAGUAGCUCAAGGUGGAGGAGAGGCACUGCCUCCUCCUGUUAGACUGUCACAGGUCCCUAUGUCUGCUAUGAAAACUAUCACCUCAGCUAGCUUUACUAAUGGCCCUGUUUCUGGAAAUGGAAACGGCUGCCCAUCAGUGGGUACCUUCUUUGCUCCUGCUGCUAGUAGUAUUCCACCAGCCCCAUCUAUCCUAAGUGGCGAGAAUGUAGCAUCUCCUUUAGAAAGUAAUUGUAGCUCUAGUCCCGUAGAUGGAGAAGCAUAUGAGCUUAGAAAGUGUACUCUUUUAAUUUACCCUUUAAAUAUGCAACCUGUGCUCCCUAGUGCUCGUCACCUUGACCCGCCGGCUGCUCAGACAAAUCAGAAAGCCUUGGGAGAUAUCUUCCAGAAUCAGUGGGGGCUUUCCUUCAUCAAUGAGCCCAACUUGGGCCCAGAGGGAGGAAGUGGCCAGUUGCCUGCAGAGGACAAAACUACUGUGGUCAUGCCUCAAAGCGAGUGUCAGGCUGAUACAGCCAAAGUUGCCCAGCCCUGCUUUGAUGUAAGCCCGUCAUUCUUGGAACCUGGCACUUUGGCUCAGGACCCAGAGAAAAGGACUUGUGCACCUUGCAGCGUUUCUAAUGUUUGUUCUUCUGCUUGUGUGAUGAGUGAGGAGGAGAACAAGCUGACUACAUGUGGCCAGGAAAAGACAAAAGUUGAGGGCAAGGCUGCAGGCUCUGCCAUGUCUGCUCCCAGUAAGGACAACGGUGCUAAGCCUGCAAAGGGCCAACUAACCACUCUAUUGUUUGGCUCGUCAAAAGAGCAGGCCCACCCGAAAGACAUUGGCAAAAGGUGUAGCUGGGGAUCCUUUGACAUCAAAGCUGCUGUCACUUAUCACACUAAAGGUAAUUUUGACUGUCUUCUUGAUUUUUCUUUUUCUUUUUCCUGUGUAACCGUCAGAGUCGUGUCUUGGAGAUUUGGUUCUGAGGUUGCUUUGGUGACACUGGUGGUUAAUUAUGGUAACAGCAAGUGUUAACUGAACUACACUUGCACAAUAUGAGACCGAAUGCAAUGUGGGAUCAAGUCAUUCAGUUUUGUACGAACAGUAUUAAGUAUAAAGCGAAGUAAAAGUCAAGACUGUUUCUUUUUCACUGAAUUACUAACUCGAGUCCAGAAUAAAUCAAUCAGAUUUUAUUUCUAUAGCGCCAAAUCACAACAGUUGUUAUCCCAUGACGCUUUCCAAAAAAGAGCAGGGGCCUAUUCUACGACGCGGGUUCACUAUAGACCUCGGUGCUCGCGUUGUCCGAGGAGCACUCCGGCGCGCAAGAGUUUUCAGGGACCACACGGACCCACUUACUUUUCUGGAUGACCAUCUUUAUGAAAGGCUCAUAUGGCCUACAUAUCGCACAAAAAUGUAAACACGAUAGGAAUGAACAAAUGAAUGAAUUCAUCUUGGAAAUGAAUUAGACAUGUCUGGUGCACGUUAAAAGCGCAUGUUGAACAGUUAGCUAUUUCAGGGUGAUAAUGGCAUAAUGGAUAAUGGCACUAUAUUUACGCAUUGAAACUGUUGGCAAUUUUCUGCCAGCAUUCCUUCCGUGCUUUUGCAGCGGUGACGGUGUUGCUUUUGAGGUUUAUGAUAGAUUUGAAUUCUUCAUACUUUCUCAUGAUCGUCUGCUGCUCCUCGAUUGUAAAGUACGCGGUUCUUCACUCUCCGGCCUGCUCUGACGCUCCAGACUGGUCCAUGUUCGCGAUUGGUCAGAUGCGGCGGGCUCCGCCUUACAUGCGUGCACGCGCUCAUAGCAAAGCUGGAUCCACUUACGAGGUUGAUAACCAGCGUCUUAAGACCGUUUAGCGAGACUGCUUGCUACUGCGCUAUGUUGAGCGAGGUAGCUCCAAGGCGACCUCGCUAGCUCAAACUUGCUUCGUAGAAUAGGUCCCAGGUCUAUACCAUGCUCAAAUCCCACUAAAAUAAGCACCGUCAAUCUGAGGUUACCUCAUUAAUUACUGAAGAGUCAUCUGGUUACAGUACGCUGUCAAAUUAAAUUAGACAGUAUUGUUUGUGUAACUUUUUUUUGCGUUAAAUUCAGUCCUUUGAAAAAAGUCUUUUGCUAGUGCUCAAACUGGGACAGUGAUGACAUUUCGCUGUCCUAGUUUAAACUCCAUUUAGCUGAACAUGAACAGAUACUUUAUUAUAAAUGCAACAGAGGAGCAAACUGUUUAUUAACAGUCAAACAAAGGAAAGUCACUCUAUCUGCGAACAAGUCAGUCAGUAAGACUUUAGUCUGACUUCAUGCUCUGGAGGCAUGAGUAGCUUUUUUUUUUUUAACAUGACACCAUGCUGCUGUGACGUUAAGUGGACUUAAAAUGCGGCCUACUGUCUAUAACUUUUAACCCAACAGAUCACUGCUGCUUGUUUAAUUAUUCCUACAUGACAUCUUUGCAAAAUUUAAAAAAAAAAGAACGUUGGAAAGACUUUCAAGAGUGUUUGGUUUGUGUGUCAGCAGAUGAAUGUUUGUGUUGCAAUAGCAGUGACUUAUUACAGCGCUGAUUUAAAAAAAAAAAAAACAUGGUGGGGCUAAUGUAGAGGGUGAGGUACGGCUGCAAUAAGUAAUGCUGGAUGAUCUGUUGUAUCAUUUCCUGGAAACAAAAACCUCAGUAGAAGCACAGACUAAUCCCCGUUAUAACAAUGAAAACGACCUCAUACAUAAUCAGUGAGACAACCGCAUGUAGAAGGAAAUGCAAUCUGUCAAAGUUCAGAUUUCUUCAAGAAAAUCCUCAAGAUUAAAAACUGUUGUAAUAUCAAGUCUCUAGAAGUUUGAUGUAGUUAGUAUGACUGUGUACUGUUUUUGAAUUCAGUAUUGUGUUUUCUGGAAAAGGAAGAAUGUGAAAAUUAUCGCAGAUGUUGAAUUGAUGUGUUUUUCCUUUCUUACAGAAAUGGAAUCUAUUUUCAACUUGCAAAAACAAGGUAAACCAGCCCGUUCAUUUGACCUGAGCUCUGUUUUUCUAGAAAUAUAAAGGCAGUUAAUUCAUGUUCACAUUAAUUUACAUAACACCUUAUCUUACUUGAAGGGCUUACAGUUUCAGUUUUGAUUCUAAACACUGUCUGUACUCUUUUUUUAUUCCUUUGAAACUGGGCUUUGUAUACCUCAGCUGCACCAGAUACUCAAAUACAAAACAGGAAGGACCUGAACUGAGUCAAAGUGAUGAAUUGAAUCCAUUCAGAGAUUGACAUUUUAAUGUCUUCAGAUUAUUGAGUUAUACUCGGUCCAUUACUCAUCCUUCAGACGAUUAACAGUCAGAGCAUGUUUUUUAAAAAUCACAUUGAAGCAACCAUAAACGUGGAUGUACCAGCUGACUUUGAGUUCAGAAAUAACCAGUAGUUCACUGAAGAUCUUAGGUAGUAAACUCCUUGUUAUGAAUCACUCCAGAAAAUGCCUGAGUAAAACUCUGCGGUAGUUGUUACACAUACAGCAUCCUCACAAAGGCUUCAUUACUGCUCUAAACUUGUCUCUGGAGGACAUGUUGCCCUAUACUUCACCCAGCAACAUAAAACCUAACGACAAAUCUUUGUCCAACUAAAGGCUGUGUUUGUUUAUUACUUACUAGCGGAAACAUAAGUAGCCCAAGGUGUGUGACCUACUGCUGGUGUGCUAUCCUUUGCUACUGCAGCCGUGCCAGCUGGGACAUGAAAAACUGAUGAUUUCAGACAGGCUUUGAUUAUCAAUAGAUGUUUGUUUAGAAAUGUUUGAGGAUAUGUUAGCUAUAUAAGUUAACCAACAGCUAAAAUCAGAUACAGAGCUAUAACAAGGUCAGGGUUAUCUGAAACUUUGUGAUGGUUGUGUAUCAGGUAGGGGACUAAAAAAAUCCAAUAUAGAGGUAAAUAAGCACAAAAUCAAUUCAGUUGUUAAAUAGAUAUACUGAAGGAACAUCCCAUGUAAUCUAAGUGUACUAUUUCUAGAAAACUAGUGUAUUCAAAUCAGCACUACCACAUGCAUGUAUGAUAUUACCUGUUGAAUAAUGGACGCCUUUUAUUCCUCUCUCCAUCUGCUACAGAUCCAAAAAGAGUAGUGGUUUAUGAUGAGACCAAGGAUGGACCUGAUCAGUGA